AUGCCGAGUGGUGGACAAAGAAAGCACACAAUUUCAAACAAAACGCGCAAACGCCCUGGAAAGGAUUUAGAUCAAAUUCACGAUGAUUUGAAACCUGAAAAGGCUGCCAGACUUCUCCAGCAAGAGGUGGACUACGAUCUGCCUGGAAAUGGACAGUUCUACUGUAUCGAAUGCGAACGACAUUUUAUUGACGAGAAAACUCGACAGCUUCAUCGCAAGACAAAGCUUCACAAAAAUAGAGUUAAAACUCUGAAAGAAGUCCCAUAUACCCAAGCAGAAGCUAAUGCAGCUGGGGGAUCAGGAUUCUUCCCAGCCAUAACAAUGAAAACACGCAUUCAACUUCCGACGCAGCCUGAUGUUCCAGUUUCGGUUGAAGAGCUGGAGAAAAAAUAA